AUGGCUGUCUACAUCGUCCCUGCGUGUCGCGAACCCGCUCGCUCCCUCGCAGACGAUCUCGACCACCGCCGUGCCAGGGCUCGAUACGAUGGCGCACACAUCGCACAGUGGAUUGUGGGACCAAUGCCACCUUCUCUCUUCGUCGACACCUUUCUUCCUCGCACAUCAGAGGACCAGUCAGAAUCUCCAAGCAUGAUGCGAGCCUUCGCCAAGGUACCAGCGGAGGCAGAAAGCAGCGAGUCAAUCUGUCGGACCAUGCUCGCAGCUCUCAGACAUAAGAAACCAAAUCCCUCCCCUGGCUUCGUGUUCGAGAAGACGCCAAUGCCCGACGUGCACCUCGACGCCUCGGGUCCCACCAAGCCGAGCAUAUCUUGCUACAAGUCGCAGAACCACGGAAGAGUGCAAGGUUCCGACAAAGCCUUGUCGGUCAAGUUCGGCUACACCGAGCUCUUGUUCGACAUCUCCCCACAACCUGCUCACGACUUCUUCGUCGACCCUCCUGCCCGACUCAAGAGACCUGCCCGCCAGGAGUUCCUCUCGCAUACCGACAGCAAGCGAAAGCAAACGUCUAUCGAAGAGCUCUUUGGCCAACACCUGUCUUAUGCCACCGAGGUCUUCGCCCGCCAGCAGCGUGUCUUCCUCUUUACGGUGCUCAUGUAUGGGUCGCUCGCCCGGAUGCUCAGGUGGGAUCGCUCAGGAUGCGUCGUGACGAGAGCCUUGGACGUGCGCACUGAAGCAGACGUGCUUUGCAACUUCCUAUGGCGGUUCUCAAGUGCCUCGGACGCUGGUCGGGGCCACGACACUUCUGUGGAGCAAGUCAACUCGGAAGACGAGGCACUCUUUGCAGACGCCAUUCGAGGAUACGUUCGUUCUCAGAUCGCCGAGGGCGAAGAUCUGGAGCAGAUGGUCAAGCAGCACUACUCCCCACACCACGUCUACUCGACCCACGUUCUCCAACGCCAGUCCCCGAUGUGCGAAGAGAACACACGGAGGUUCUUGUUCUCCCGACCAGCCGCGAGUUCCUCCUCUGUGACGGGCCGUGGAACUCGGGGAUACUGGGCAUUCGACGUGGCCACCGGCAAGGUGGUGUUUGUGAAGGACACCUGGCGCGACAGUUCUGUGGCGGAGGUGGAAGGGGACACUCUACAACAGCUGAACGAGGCCGGGGUAUCGUUCGUGCCGUCGUUCGUAUGGCACGGGGAUGUCUCCUCCCUCGAUGAAUAUCCGGAAGGGCAGCGGCCACUGCGCAAGGCCGAGAUUCAGUCGACCGUGACUAACACUCUUUGUGAACAAAAGUGGGUCUGUCGGGUCAAAGGAUGUCUCCCCCGCAUCUCGCAGCGGCGUCACUACAGGCUAGUGAUGGGGACUGUAGGGAUGCCGAUGAGCACGGUGCGGGGCACAGCAGAACUCCUACACGCAACACACGAUGUUUUCACAGCGAUGCGAGAAGCGUCGGCCAAAGACAAUCGCAUCCAUCGAGACAUCAGCGUGGGGAACAUAGUCCUGGUCAAAGAGGCGGAUGCAGAUAUCCGUCGAGGCUACUUGAUCGACUGGGAAACUUCGUGCAAGAUCAACGAAAGCGGCGAAGCGGUGGAGGUCGGACGAGUGGGCACGUGGCGAUUCAUGUCCAUACGCGUCCUAGUGUGGAUCAAGGAGGACCAAGGGCGCCUCAAGUUCGUGGACGACAUGGAAUCUCUUCUGUAUGUCGUCAUGUACAGCGCUCUGAUGUGGCAGCCGCAUCAUUUCCCCGCCCUCGCGGUCUCAAGAAUCAUAGGCCAUGUCUUCGACCUAUACAACCGUAUCCCGGCCUUGAACAUGUUCAACGGCGGAUCCGGUAAAAUCGCGAACGCACAAUUUCGCUCGCGGGUGUUCGGCCGUGCUUUCAAAAGUCCGGCGUUCGCCAAAUGGCUGUCGGACAUGAUGGUGUACCACGCCCCCGGUCCAGACGAUGACGAAGCGUACAGAGGCAAGUGGGAGAAUACGGAGUUCAUAUACGACUACUGGAGCGACUUUCUCCGCCUGCACUCGUUGGAGCGGGACAACCGCGUGGACAACCUGGCCGGGUACUCGGAACCACCUGACCUUUCACUAUCCACGAUCGAGCGCGAACGGCUUCCACUAUUUCCAGCGACAACGAGCCGGGAACACUCGGAUGCAGAAUUUUAUCGCCUCCGGCGGACGAGAGCGAAGGCGCAGAAGCGCAAACGCGAGUCGUCUCAGCCGUCAGCUCCGAAUCGCCGUAGUUUUCGGAUCAAGGAGAAGGAGGAGGCACGAGCGCAGGCGCAAGCCCAGACGCAAGCCGGGCUGGACGGUGCCGAGCGUGGUCGCGGAUCGUCAGGCCGGGGCCGGAAGGGAAGGCGAACCCGUGGCCGUGUCCGGUCCUGA